ACGAGCAAUUGUGUAAGGGGAAUUGCCAUUAAGGCGGAAACGGAAAGGUAACAAAUCUUUGGGAGUGGGUCCAGAUGUAGUCUACCCACACGGUACACAGGAACUGCGCAAUGGGUAAAGUAACGAUUAUAAGCGCAUAUACUUCAAUGCUUCUGCUACUUUCUAAUUGCGAUAUAUCGACGCCUGUCGCGUUGCCGCUACAAAAACCUGCCAGCAGGAAACCGUUGCCUGGUAACGAACCAGGCUUUCCUUCAACUAGCAACGUCCAAUCAAACACCAUCCACGCACAGGGCAGUUCUUCACCUCUUAAUACAGAGCAAAACGCUGCUCCUCAGAAUGCCGCACCGUUUGUAUUGUCGGCGGCGGGUAACGUGAGUCAUGGCACAGGGAACAUUAGGAUAAGUGCGGCUCCAGUGGAACAACUUCCAGCAGAACUCUCACGACCAGUCCCGUUCCCUGUGCAGCAACCCAGCCAAUCCGCUGCGGUGACACAGACACCGCCCUAUCACACCACGUGGUGCGGCAUGAGGUACGAAAUCCCAUUCCAGGUUUUCUCAGGGCUUGAACAUUUGGGUCCUGCCGAUUUCGUCUGUUGCUCGCCAGUAACGUGUCCUCAAAAUGGUCAAGCGUGCCAGUGUUAUUGGUACUGCUUCUGUAAUCUUCCCACACCAUCGUCUGCUGGGACAACACCACCAUCUCCGGGAGAGCCCACGUUUAAGCCGCCACCGAUUCAAGAGGUUCAGGUCACAUCGUCUCUCGUCACGCGCCCAUAUCCGGAAAUCUUGCCACAACCGGUGCCCUCCUCGGGUUGUAAAACCACUACACCACUGAGCGUUCGGACUCCGAACUUUUUUCAAACAUCUUAUGGUAUUUGUGAUGAGUCUUCCUUUAGCAAAGGGACAUUUAUGAUUAUUAGGGAUAGAAAACAAAAGGAGGUAGCGUUUCUUGUAAAAAAUGGACAGUUUAUAUCCCCAGAAAGGUUUCCAAAGAAAGGGAUUUCAGCAGCCUCGGCGACGGCUAAAACCACCGCUUUAAGUUUUGGAAUGGACACUGACAGGAACCGGGCAUGCCCAGGGGUUCUAUUCUACACGACUCCCACCGACAGAAGGACGUUUUAUUAUGGUAGUUUUCCUGUUCUCAUGGAGCCAGCGACGAUAGACGAUCAAGUUCAAACCUUCCCAGCUCGAAUGUGUGCCUGGAAGAUACAGAAGAUGUUUAAUGGGCAUAUACCAAUGAACGGCAUAUCGCNAAAAACUACGCUCAAAAUUUCAGAAAUGAAUACAUAG